CUAAGGUACCGGACAAAACGUUUGCAUGAUGGCGGAUCGCAAGCCCAACAGGAGAAGUUUCUCCGACGACGGAGAAAGCAGUUGUUCACCUCGAUGAGUUGUCUUGCCUCAAGCAGGGCCGCAGGAGGAGGGCGACAGAGUGAAAACUAAGCCUGUCUCUUGUAGCACUAUGAGAGGAGAGGGUGCCACUGUCAAACGUACAUCUCAGCAUCUCACCUCUGAAGAUGAAGACUCGUCUUCAGCAGACCAGCCAGCACCUUCCAAAGCCUCCAAAAUUGGGUUUAGCAUGAGCAACAAGAUGGCGCAGAAAUCGAACCCCAUAACAAUCAAACUAGGCGCAUCAAAACCCAAAGAGCCUGCACCAUCAGCUCCACCCAAAAAGUCAGGGCUGGCUUCUGUUUUUAACGAAGAUGACGAUAGUGAACCAGAGGAGAUGCCUCCAGAAGCAAAGAUGAGGAUGAAGAACAUUGGCAGGGAGACACCAACAUCUGCAGGACCUAAUUCCUUCAACAAAGGGAAACAGGGCUUCUCUGAUAAUCAAAAACUUUGGGAGAGGAAGAUAAAGGCCCAAGGUGAAAAACAAUAAAUCACUACCACCAAUGGAGGAUUUUGUACAGCUUGUUAUCUACAAAGGCUCAAAAGCUUCUUUGGUGUAGCUUUUUUAAUGAUCAGUUUUGUGAACAUGCAAUGAAAAAAGACGAUGUCUAUGGUUGUUUCUGAACUUCCAUUUAAGUUUGGAACCAUCUCAUGCUGAUCCUGAGGGGAAACGAGCUGUAGAGAAGAAACACGAUUGUCAGAAUAUCAUUUUAAAAAUUCUCAUUUGCUACAGGACUUUUCAUGUUUUCUUUGUUUAAGCCGGUGAAGCUUAGUCCUCAGCAAGUACUUUUUUCUUGUCUCAUAUUUGUGUAAAAAAUGUACAUAGUUUUAUUUUGAAUUCCAUAAACUGGGUUGUGACUUCGAGUGUUGUGUAGCAGCGUGUGUGAGUUUUUUUGAAAGCAAAUGUAAUUUUCCCUCACAUUAAACUUCUUAACAUCA